AUGAAGAAUGAGCGCAAUAGUUCCAAUAUUUUGCUAUUUAUAGGAGUGUUUGGUGCACGUUGCGAUCAAACUGAUUGGAUUCUACACUUUUUCUUUAUUUCCAAUUUUUUCCCAAACGAAUGUAUGCCAUGGAUGUGGUAUUUGUCAUUGGAUAUGCAAUUGCAUCUAAUUGCUCCAUUUCUAAUAUCUGUAAUAUUAAAAUGGCGAACAAUUGGCAGAAAUAUUAAUAUUGCCAUUGCGGUUGCUUCAAUCCUAUACCGAUUAGUUAUAUUGAUCAUCUAUAGACACUUUAAAAUUUUUUCCAGAGCAUUAUGGGCGACAGGUUUAGCCAUUUUUAUUUGGCUAUUAGAAAACAAUUAUUGGAAAUUUGCUUAUAAAUUAUUAGGCAAUGAAAAAUGGUUAUCCUUGUCACGUGUUAGUUAUGGUCUCUACUUGGCGCAUGAGCCACUGAUCUUAUAUUUUGUAUGGACGAGGCGAGAAGCCAUUAAGGCGAGAUCGCUUUUUUAUUUAAUCGUAUUUGGUUUGGAAAUGUACAUUCUCUCUACAAUCAUCGCAAUUAUUUUGGCCAUUGUAAUAGAGGUUCAUUUCUGCUUCCACUAA